AUGGCGGUGUCGUUCGAGGGCGACGACGUGCGGCAGGGCGUGCCGGAGAACCUCGAGAACCUCGUCGCGCCGCACAUCGACUCCUUCGACUAUUUCGUCGAGCGCGGGUUACCAGAAGCUGUUCGCCUGAUUCGACCCGUGGAAUGUCGCCAGGCGGGCACCACCUACCGGGGCGACUUCCGCAUCGACCUCUGCGUCUCCUACUUUGACGAGGACGAUGACGUGGCGCUUGCUGACGUGGCGAAGGGUCCCAUGCAGCGCCAGCAGCUGAGCCUGGGCAGGGUGCCAAUCAUGGUCAAGUCCGGUUCAUGUCAUCUGCGCCACCUCACGCAGGAGCAGCUCGUGCGGCGCAAGGAGGAGAGCAUCGAGCUCGGCGGCUACUUCAUCUGCAACGGCAUCGAGCGUCUCAUCCGCCUGCUCAUUGCUCCCCGCCGCAACUAUGUGAUGAAUCUGCGGCGCCCCACGCUGCUAAAGAAGGGGCUCAACUUCAGUGACAUGGCCACCACCAUCCGGUGUGUGCGCACGGACCAAUCAGCAGUGACCAACCGGGUCGUCUACGUCAACGACGGCAACGCAUGCUUCAACUUCUCCCUGAGGAAGCAAGAGUAUUUCAUCCCCGUGGGGAUCAUUCUCAAGUGCCUAGUGGACGUCUCAGAUGCAGAGCUGUACGAGCAUCUGACGGCCAUCCUCACAGCACAGCAGGCUGCAGCCGACCCUCCGGAGACCGACACGCAGCUCGCACCAACCGAAGGAGGAGCAGCAGAGGCAGCCACAAAACCACCGGCGGCGGCAGCGGCGGCGGGGUUGGGAACGCAGUUUGUGAGGGAGAGGGCGCUGGUGGUGUUGAGUCACCCGCGCUCUCUGGGCCUCUUCACUCGCAUGGAGUGUCUGGCUUUCCUUGGAAAGACCUUCCGACCUGCUGUCAACGUUCCCAGCUACAAGCCAGACGCAUAUGUGGGGCAGCAGAUCAUAGCGGACCUGGUGCUAGUGCAUCUCGACAAACCCAUGGACAAGCUGCGCCUGCUCGUCUUCAUGCUGCACAAGCUAUGGUCGAUGGUGGACGGGCUAUCACAGGAGGACUCAAUGGACACGCUCAUGCAUCACGAGCUCUACCUGCCAGGCCACAUCCUCAACAUCUUCAUCAAGGAGAAGCUGCAGGUACACCUGCACAAGAUCCAAGCGCACGCCGCCCAGGAGCUCGUCGACAACCCCACCACCACGGACCUCCGCGCCUCCAACUGGCUGCGCCGCCUCGUCGAGGGCGGCCGGCCCGGGGCGGCAGGGGCGGCAGGGGUGGCGCCGGCGGGUGGGCUUUCGAUGACGUUUAUAGGGAAGGACAUCGAGUACAUGCUGAACACGGGGAAUCUGGCGAGCCCGUCUGGGCUGGACAUGCAACAGAGGUCGGGGUUCACUGUGGUGGCGGAUAAGCUCAACUGGCACCGCUACCUCUCGCAUUUCCGCUCCGUGCAUCGAGGAGCGUUCUUCUCCACUCUUCGGACGACUACUGUGCGCAAGCUGCUGCCCGAGGCUGGGCUGGCGAUGACGUUUAUAGGGAAGGACAUCGAGUACAUGCUGAACACGGGGAACCUGGCGAGCCCGUCGGGGCUGGACAUGCAACAGAGGUCGGGGUUCACGGUGGUGGCGGAUAAGCUCAACUGGCACCGCUACCUGUCUCACUUUAGAUCCGUGCAUCGAGGGGCGUUCUUCUCCACUCUUCGGACCACCACUGUGCGCAAGCUGCUGCCAGAGUCGUGGGGGUUCGUGUGUCCCGUGCACACACCAGACGGCGCCCCCUGUGGCCUGCUCACCCACCUCUCAGCCCCAUGUACAGUCACCGCCAACCUCAACCCCCCUUCCCUCUUUUCCACCCACCCCGUCUCAUCUCACGGCAGGUCGUGGGGGUUCGUGUGUCCCGUGCACACACCCGAUGGGGCCCCCUGCGGUCUCCUCACUCACCUGUCAGCCCCAUGCACUGUCACCACCGACCUCACUCCCCCUCCCCUCGCCUCCCCCUCCCCCUCCGCCCCCUCCUCCUCCUUAGCCCUCCUCCCCUCCACCCCUGGCUCUGCUCUCGUCCCCCACACCCCCUCCACACCUGCCGGAACUCCCGGAGCAGCCUCCCUAGCCUCGGGGCUGGGUUCGGGGGUAGGCUCGGUGAAGUCCCGCGACGCGAUUGGCCGAGCGGUGCUGCGGUGUCUGGCGCCGUUUGGGCUGGCGGCGGUGGGGGCGGGGGUGCCGCCCCCUGCCCCGCCUCCAGUGUUUCUGACGGUGAUGGUCGAUGGGUGUCUACUGGGGCACAUUCACUCAGAAAUGGCACCGGCCGCGGUGAAGCAUCUGAGUUCAGUGGGGCUAGUGGCAGUGUCUCUGACGGUGAUGGUGGAUGGGUGUGUGAUGGGGCACAUUCAUUCCGAGAUGGCACCGGCUGGGAUCCCUCGGGACCUAGAGGUCGCCUUCAUCCCCUUCUCCCAGCAAGGAACCUUCCCGGGCAUUUUCCUCUUCUCUGCGCCGGCUCGCUUCGUUCGGCCUGUGCGGCAGCUGCCCUCCCUCAACCCCAGGGCCGCCGCUGCACCCACCUUCGAGCUCAUUGGCAGCCUCGAGCAGGUCUUUCUCGACGUGCUCUGCCCCGAUGGUUCGUCGGCCCCUUCCGCCCCGUCCGGCCAAGCCUCGGCGACAGGUUCGGCGACGCACGAGGAGGUUCGGCCGACGGAUAUCCUGAGUGUGAUGGCGAGCCUGACCCCUUGGUCCGAUUACAACCAGAGCCCCCGCAACAUGUACCAGUGCCAGAUGGGGAAGCAAACGAUGGGCAUGCCGCUGCACUCCUUCCCCUUCCGCAACGACAACAAGCUGUACCGCCUGCAGACGCCCCAGACACCCAUCGCACGCACGGCAGCGUAUGACGACUAUGCCAUGGACCACUACCCCACUGGGGCCAAUGCUGUCGUGGCCGUGCUUGCCUAUACUGGGUACGACAUGGAGGAUGCGAUGAUCAUCAACAAGUCGUCCAUGGAGAGGGGCUUUGGCCACGGUUACAUCUACAAGAACGAAGUGAUCGAGGCGACCCAGGGCUCAGCGGCACGUGUGGCCAAGUUCACGCCGUCCGGGCUGCCCGUGCAGAUGCUGGGGCGGGCGGCCAGUCACCGACGCGGACACAAGUGGACCAUCGACACAGAUGGGCUGCCCCGCCCUGGGGAGCACAUCACGAGUGGUGACGUGUACGCAUGCAAGGUGAACACGGUGACGGGCAAGGCGGACGAGAUCAAGCUCAAGGGGUCAGAAGACGCGGUGGUGGACGGGGUCACGCUCAUCGGCACCGGCGCUAAGACAGCGCUCACUAAGGCAUCCGUGCGCAUGCGCUUUGGCCGCUUGCCACAGAUAGGGGACAAGUUCAGCAGCCGCCACGGGCAGAAGGGAGUGCUGUCACAGCUGUGGCCCGAUGUGGACAUGCCCUUCGCCUCCUCCUCCGGCAUGCGUCCAGACAUCAUCAUCAACCCCCACGCCUUCCCCUCCCGCAUGACCAUUGGCAUGCUCGUUGAGUCCGUGGCUGCAAAGGGUGGAGCCUUGCACGGAAACUUCGUGGAUGCUUCCCCGUUCCGCCCUGCCAUGCCCAACCCUCCGCCGCUCACCAUGAGCCUCAAGUCUCGCCAGCCCGCCCAGCGACGUGGCGCUUCCCGAUUGGCUCGCUCCUCCGCUGCUACCCCUGGUCCCUCCACCCCUGUGCACCGCUCUAAACUGCACAAGAAAUCUGGUGCCCCCCCCACCCCGGCUACUCCUGUCACUCCUGCUGCUGCUGGUGCUGAGAAAGGGCCUGGAAGCUUCACACCCUUGGAUCUCCCAACCCCUGCUUCAUCUGCCAAGCCUAGCCUGGCUGCCAAGCCUGCUGCAGGUCCGGCGGCAGCAGGUAGGGCGGGAGAAUCAAAUCAGCCGCAGAAUCGCGAGGAUCUGGUGGACACAUUCGGGCGGCAACUGGUGGAAAAGGGAUUCAGUUACUAUGGCACAGAGACUAUGUACAGCGGAGUGUAUGGGUGCGAAAUGGAGUGUGAGAUUUACCUGGGAGUGGUGUACUAUCAGCGGCUACGACACAUGGUAUCAGAUAAAUUCCAGGUGCGGUCUACCGGGCCUGUGAACCCGCUCACGCAGCAACCGGUGAAGGGGAGGAAGAAGGGUGGUGGAGUGCGGUUCGGAGAGAUGGAGCGCGAUGCAAUGCUGUCGCACGGCGCGGCGUUUCUCUUACACGACCGGCUACACUCGUGCUCAGACUACCACACCACUGACGGCGUGGUGCGAGUGGCCAUGCCCUAUGUGUUCAAGUAUCUCGCUGCUGAGCUGGCUGCAAUGAACAUCAAGCUCACACUGGGUGUGUGA